CUUUCCUUUCUGUCCAUUCUAAUUCUUUUUUAGGCAGCUUGGUGAAAGUUAGUCAACUCUUUCAGAACUGCAUUUAGACAGCAGAGGACAGAAAGAAAGUCAAGAAAGACGAUGGAAAUAUUGAAGCAGCAGGUAGACAGAGGACUCAGUGAGAAUGAGAUCAGUCAACAGCUUAGCUCUGAGGACAGAAGACAGAAUCCACCUCAAACAGAUACUCUGAGAGAUGACGCUCCAACUGACAGCCAACGAUACUGCAAUCUAAACUUCCCUGACAUCCAUGCAGCACUGAGAGAACUGACCGCCACGGUUACAGAGCAGAAAGCAAACAUCAGAGAUUUAGAGAUGCGACUGAGGGAUGCUGAGAAAACUGCAGAACAACAGACGGUCAUCCUGGAAGAGCUGAACAAGAAAAACGAUGAAAUUUCAAAUCUUACUCAGAGUCAAGUGGAGGAGCUGAGAAAGGAAAACAGAGACAGAGAGAUAGCUUUUUCAGCUGCACUGUUGGAAUCUGGUGGUGGAGAUAUCGGUCCUUUUACCACUGAAAUCACACUAACCUACAGAAAAGUCUUCACAAACAUAGGGAAUGCCUACAACCCAAUUACAGGUAUUUUCACAGCCCCACUGAAAGGAGUGUACAAGUUCAGUUUCUCUGUCUAUGGUAAUGGUAAUCCCACAUAUCCAUCAACUGCCUUCAUUGUUAAGAACGGAGAGAAGAUGGUUGUAACACAUGGUUUUCAGGAUCAGUUCGUUGUAAACUCCUCGAAUGGUGUUGUGUUGAUCCUGGAGGUUGGAGAUGUCGUCUAUGUGAGACUUUGGUCGGGAAGGAGGAUAUUUGAUAACCAGCAUAACCACAACACCUUCAGUGGUUACCUACUGUUUCCUUUAAGAGAACAGGAGCUUUGCAGAAUGUGAUUCCAGUAAAACUGAAUCUUUAAAUUAACAUUGUAGUAUUACCUUAUCACCUGCAAAAUUUCCGAUAUUAAUUAAAGACACACAAGACAUUUCUGUAGAUGUAUGACAUAUUACCAGGACCAAGUUACCAUAUAUAAUCAAAGACAGAACUAGUUCAUUUGCAUUGUAGUUAAUUUUCCAUUUUUCAUUUCCAUUUGCAUAGUAAUGUGAAAGAAACUUUUAAAGCAUCUCAUUGUCUUUUUGACUUACUUACUUUAUUUACUUUCUUUUCAUUCUCCAGUCUUUUUUGAAACGGUGUUUGAUUUCCAGCCUCAAGAUAUUCUGCUCUACUUCCCAUGUAUUCUCACUCUUCUGAAACUUAAAAAUAAACCAGAUCUGAAGAUGAGUCCAUGCCACUUCAUAACAGCUGUUUUUGG